AAUGGACUCUCCUGAUAUUGAGGGUGCCACUUCAAAAACACCUGAGGGUAAAAAUACAGAGGACUCGGUAGAAUUUGAGAAGAAACAAGUUAACCUCAGCUUUGGACUUGAUUUAUCUGAUGAUGCCAUACUGAGGGAAGGCCCUUCAAGUAGUAAUCUCUCUCUUUCACUAAUAUUUGAAAGAAGGGCACUAUCUAAGACUUUCAAGUUGACUCCAGUUCUUCAAGAGCCCAAAAAGGAUAUUGUAAAGGCUUCAGACUCCAAAGAGAAAGAGGUACUGUUAGACCUCACAACACCUCAACAGGGCAUAACUGUUAACCACGGAACAAGUUGUCCAGAACGUCCAGUUAAGAAUCAUAAAUUGGUGCUUCCAAGUGCAGAAAUCUUGCCGUCAUCUUUUCACAGAAGAGUCUUGCCACAUUACACUUGACAGUGAUUUUGAACAAGGUAA